AUUGCUUCUGCAUCGCACAAACCCGAUCAGGAAGGUAGAGAAAUAUUGUUCUCUCACAUCCAGGGGGGAAAAAAAUGAAGAAAGCGAGUAGUGACUCUUCCUCAAAAGUGGAUCGAAAAACCAUAGAAAGGAAUCGCAGAAUUCACAUGAAAGCUCUUUGCUUCAAGCUCGCUUCUCUUAUUCCUCCCCACUACUUAAAACACACCAAGGAAAUGAUAUCUCAGCAAGACCAGCUGGACAUCGCAGCGAGCUACAUAAAGACUCUGAGGGAGAAACUGGAGAACCUGAAGGGGAAGAAGGAGGAGGCCAUGAAAUUAAAGGAAAUAAACAGUAACCUGGGAAUGGAGAGCAUGUUGAUGGCUUCCAAUCUGCCACUGCUUGAGCUGAGAGACCUGGGUUCCAGCAUAGAGGUGAUGCUGAUCAGUGGUUUGAACAGAAACUUCAUGUUAUAUGAAGUAAUCAGCGUCCUCGAAGAAGAAGGAGCUGAAGUUGUGAGCGCUAGCUUUUCCACUGUGGGUGAUAAGAUAUUCCACACUGUUCAUGCCCAGGUGAAAAUAUCAAGGGUUGGUGUAGAAACCACAAGGGUGUACCAGAGGCUUCAUGAUUUGAUCGCGCCCCUAAAAAGCUGGGAGUAUUUUUAAGAACUACGCUCCGUGGAGCGCCGGAUCGCUUAUUAAUUAAUUGCAGAAAUGUCAGGGCAUUGAAUUUAAACCUAGGUUACUUAGUGGGCAGCAUACACACACACACACACAUAUAUAGUUAAGUAUGUAUAUGUAGUCACUUCAUCAGGAGUCUAUGCAGACUAUAUGCAGUAAUGGGAAUGUGUAUGUUUGUAUGGAAAAAUAACUCGAGAAAAAUAGAAGGGAGUGAAUUAAUGGAGUACCCUUGUUACGUUA